UAAUGAUUAAAUUUCAAAAUCAGCCAAUCAACUAUGAUGUUAAUGGAUAUACAUAACCAAAAUAUUCAUAAAUGCCACCAAAAUAACAAAAAUAAAUGCCUAACUAAGGUUGUUUUCAAGAAACCUUUGGAUAACAAUAAUAUUAUGGCAGAUAAAUGAUUCCAUAAUCAUAGGAUUCUAAAAACUAUCAAUAGCCUUAGUAGCAUUAAUAAUAGUAAACAUAAAAUUACUAGAACUAUUCUUAAAAAUAAUAAUAUCCAAAUAUGCAAUAAUAAUAAUAACAUUAACAGUCAUAAUAAUAAUAAUAACAUUAACAGUCAUAAUAAUAAUAAUAAUUAUAAUAAUAAAAGACUGAUCCUAGGUAGAAUGUUUAAUUCACAGCCAAAGAAUUUAAUCAAUUAUUCUAUAAAUAAUAAUAAUAAUAAUAAUAAUAAACUAAUUAAAACAAAGCAAAUGAAAAUCAAGAAGAUAACAAAUAUACUUAACCUUAAAAAGUUACUGGUAAUGAAAGAUAGAUAUCUACUUACUCAUAAAACUAAUAAUAAUUACUUUAAUAAAAAUAAGCUGGUGUACCCGGAAGAAUGCAAUCAGCUGAUCCUGUCUAAGCUUAAAAUAGAAAUGCAGUUCCUUUAACUAACAUUCAGUAAAUUAAUACAAUUAAUAUCUUAGAAAUUAGUAAGCAACCAAAACUAGUUAAUAUAUAAGUAACGGAGGUAUUAAUAAGACUUAAAAUGAUUACUCUUAAAGAUAAGCCACACCAAUGAAGGAUUAAAUGAAAUUCAUGAGUAAUAAUAUUAUUUAAAGUUUAGAUUAAAAGUAAGUUCCAGAACAAAUUAAUCAAUAAUUAAUGUAUUCUCCUAUGCCAAAGAGUCAAUUACUUAAUGAAACAACAAAUUUAGCAAAAUUAUAAUAACAAUAAUUACAAUAAAAUAAGUCUCCUUAAAUUUAAAAAGUUGGAGGUUCUGGAAUGGGUCCUGCUCUAUCUUAACCUACUAAUGCAUAACAAAUUGUUGAAGAAUUAGCUAAAGAAAAAGAAAGACAUCAAUUGUUAACUGCCAAAUUAAAAAAAUUAGAAUAAGAAAAAAAAACUUAUAAUACUUAAUUUUUAAAUGAAAUGGAAAAUAAAAUUAAAACUCUUAUUUAACAAAAUGAUUAACUAUAAAAUCUUAAUAUGGAGUAUUUAUUAUUUUAGAUAUUUUUAGAUUAUUAUAGAAGGCUUAAGAUUAACCUUAAGGGGAAAUAUAAGAACUUAAUAAGUAGAUUUCAUAUAAUAGUCAACAAUUAGAUUUCUUAUAAAAAUAAAUAAAUGAAGCUUAAAAGCAAUUAUCUGAAUAAAUGAAAAAAUACAAAGAUUUAGAAUAAUAAUAUUAAGAAAAGAAUUAAGCUGAAGAACAAUAAAUUCAAUAUUUAGUUACUGAUUUAGAAGAGAAAGUUCAUGGUUUAAUAGCUGAAAAUGAAAGAUUAAAUUCCUUAAUAGCAUAAUAGGAUAGUAAUCCAAAAAAAGAGUAAUUAUAACAAUUAACAAAUGAAAAGAAUAAACUUAUUUCAAUGGUAUAAUUUAAUUAAUAUAAUAGACUUAAUAAAGUUAGAAAGAAGUGAAAAAUUGGAAAACUAAAUAUGAAUAGUUAUAAUAAAAGCUUCAAUAAGCAGAUAAAUUUUUAGAACCAUAAGGAGAAUAAGUAGAAGCACUAGAAGAAAAGAUUAAAUCCUUGAUAGAGGAAAAUGAUUAUUUAAACACAGUUGUUUAAUAAUAAAUUGAAAGAGAGAAUCAAAUAGCAUUAUUAGAAGAAGAGUAAAUAUCUAAUUAUAUCUAUUAGAAUGCAAAACUUAGUUGAACAAAAUGACAAUCUUGAAAUGUUACUACAAAAUAGUAUUAAAAAAUGA